AUGAGCACCAGCUCGCGCCAGCGCUCUGCGACCAGAUCUGAUACCCACGACCGAAAUUCGAGCCCAUUCCCAUCUGUGCCUCGAUCCAGAGACGAAAUACACAAUCUCGACGGCCUCGUCUUUAACGUCAACGACUUGCCCAGCCAUACCUCGACGACCACAACCACACCCAAGAUCCCGUCUCAAAGUCUCAACGGUAAGGGCGCUCUCUCGCCGUAUCCUCCGCCGAGGAACCCCAACUUUCUCUCCGCCAGCGGUCUUCGUCCGAGGGCCUCGACUGCGAGCUCCGCCCCGACUACUCCUCGACUCGGGCUCGAUCCCGCAAGGCCAGCUACCAGAGCUGGCCCGCCUCCCCCGUCGGCAAUGUAUCAAAACACCCAACGACAUGCCUCGUCGGCCGAUCCCUCAAGACCAUUCCAGGUCCCUCCUCCACCGCCGCCCAUGUCGCCGCCCGUACAAGGCCAAAUGAGCAACAUGAUGUCGAUACCUCCUCCACCCCCACGAUUCCCCUCUGCUCCUGGCGCAACGGGAGGCAGUGGGAUGAUGCUCCCACCGCCGCCAGGCCCACCGCCUGGAAGCGCAAUGGCUGGUCAGGCGCCAUGGCACGGCGCCUUUGGGCGCAUGUACGAUGGUCGUGGCGGCUUCAACAUGCCACCUCCCCCGCCGGGACAACACCAGGCCUAUAACCCAAAGUUGCAUGCGCAGGUUGCGACGGGCACGACAUUGUCGAUACCGCCUCCGCCUCCACCGAACGAACAUGUCAUGUCUGCGACCUAUAUACCACAAGGCGACACAUACGGCGAAGGGGUUGGAAUACCUGGCUUGGGCGGCUUCGACGAAAAUGCCACAUUCUCGGCAACCUCCCAGAGCUCAUGGCCUACCAACAGCCAGACCAGUGGCGAUACAGCAAUGACUACACCACAAGACGACAUGUCAGGAGGGAGGGACAGGUUGUACACCCAAGCAAUGCACAGCCGUGGCAUGUCAACGACCUCGAAUGCCACUACGACUACCUCCAGCAUCCACCCAGAGCUGGUGGCGCAAUGGCCGUUGGACAAGGUGUUACUGUGGCUGGCUACAAAUCAAUUCUCCAAGGACUGGCAGGAGACUUUCAAGGGACUUAACCUGCAUGGUGCUCACUUCCUCGAGCUCGGUAUGAUGCAUGGUGGUCGGGGAAACUUUGGUAUGAUGCACCAGCAAGUGUACCCGAGGUUAGCCGUCGAGUGUACAAACAGCGGGACAGGUUGGGAUCAGCCGCGGGAGCGAGAAGAAGGAAAAAGAAUGCGACGUCUCGUAAGAAGCAUCGUGACCGGCCGGCCGGUCGACCCGUCCAAAGUCUCGUCGCAUGGCCGGAAAGGGUCCGUCAGCCACAGCAAUAACUUACCUAGCGCUGGGACGGAUAUAGCAGAAUCUCCCAGCGUGGGUAUGAUUACCCGUGUGGGUGAACACCCAAAGACUGAUGGACGGCAGACGCCUAUCAAAGCGCCAGGGCCUGGUUUUGGCGGACGUCGAUAUUCGCAAACAAGAUCGACGACAAUGCCGACUCCGAACAGCACCAUGAGUUCAGAUUCAAGUCAUAGGAACAUCUUGAAGCAAAUUGAUGUUGAUGGAACCCGCCGGCAAAGCCCAAAUGCCAGCGAGUCCGGCGAGGGCACGUUCCGUCCACCCCCCUUACGGACCGACAGCCCAAACGGCAGUCCAAAUCCUCAGAGUGCAUCACUGUUUCCUUCUUCCGCUGGAAACCUGUCAGCCUCUCCACAUUCAACCAAGUUUGGACACAGGUCGAGAAAUAGCACAGACUCUGUGUCUUCCAACGCUGCCAUUUACGGGUCGGGUAUCCCACCCGAAGCCACUCAAAUGCUGCGUAGUGGGAUGAACAUUGCAGAUAUAAUUCAAGCCACCCGAAACGGCGAACCUAGGCGCCACGGUCAGGAUGGAGGGCGUCCGUCACCGCAGGAGUCCACCGGUGACCGUUCAGCGGGUACCGAGCCUCCAUCUUCUGCUAAGGAUUCUAAGAGCUUCCUCAGCUUCUUGUCGAGGAAGAAUAAGCAAAAGAAGGAAGACGGCUUUCCAAGUCCUGACGAUAUGGAAUCGCCAACCUCUCCAGCACUCAGCUUCAAGCCUCAUUCCUUUGGCUCCCGCUUUGGAAACAAUAGCGAAGUAUCUCUGGAUAUUCGGCCUGGAUCCAGCUUUGACGUUCAUGAGAAGGACACGGCCAAGUCUAGGCGUCCUGGCCCGAACAGAAUGUUUGCACUGGCCACCAUGGACGGAUAUAAUUAUCGUAUGUGCGACAUUACUGAGGUCGAGUCGGCCAUGGACCUUCGCCUCAUCAUCUGUGGUAAUUUGGGUUUGAUGGAUGCCACAAAUUCUCAGAUUUUCCUCACUGAGCUUGGCAAAUUCAACCAUGAGAACCCUCUCGAUGACCAGAAACUCCUGAAUAAUCGCAAGCAUAGGGCCGACGCGACGGGAACCCUCAAAUUCUUCAUUCGUCAAGGCGGAAAUGCACCUCAAGGCCCUGGCCACGCUAAUGGCAACCCAACACAUACAUCACUCGAUGAGGAGGCAUACAACCGACUGAACGGCUUGUCGCGGACAAGGUCUAGCUCUUCUCCGCCAACGUCGCGACAAAAUACCAUGACAGGCGAAAGGGUGGAUGACAAGAUGCUUGCCCAAGAAGCAAACGAGUAUCGUGCCGAGAUGGAGCGAAAGCAGCGCGAGUACCUAGAAAAGAGGCGCAAAGUUGCUGGCUCCGGUAAUACGCCAGAGAGCGCUACUACGCCGUAUGGUAUUCACGGCAGAACCGUCGACUUUGAUCAACCACGCCAGUCGCCAUACGAGGACAAGAAGCCGGAAGUGCUGUUUCCCGUACGGAAGCCUCCGGCGCCGCCGAGUGACCCGUCAGCAACCUUGCUGAAAGCAAACUCGUUAAGUAGGAAGACGGGGCACUCAAUGCGGACAUCUGCUGAUGGUGCUCCUGCGCCGCGCCGGCCCUCGACUCUCUUUGAGGACAUGGAGCUCCCCGGUCAGAACGGAGACCGGAAGAAGAAGUCUUCGAGCCAGCCUGUCGCCGGGAUUGGUGCAGCACUUGUGGGUAUGGGCAGAGGCCUCGGCGCAGUUGGUGUUACUGCCAACCGGAUGUCCAGGUCGCCCAACCGAGUGUCAUCGCAACCAGCUUUAGGCAACGAAUACUCAGACCGAGGUAAGGGAGCUAUUUCAUCUGUUGACUUUGGAAAGUCGUUUUCGGGCCGAGAAAGCCCUCAAUCGGCGUUGUCUGGCUCACCCGGCACUCUGACAUGGAGUCGCGGGAACAUGCCCUUCUUUGUGCCUGACUACUCUCCCGAGGGUACUCCGACACCGAGGAGGCAAUCUGAGAAAGGAAUGGCAGCUAAAGCAAAACAAGCAGUACACAGAGUUGUUUCGCGAGAAAUCAGCCCCAGCUCCAUGAACCCGCCCCAAAUCCCUCCGAGUGCACCACCCCAGCCUCAUCGUCGCAAGUCUCAUGGGCCGGACUUUGAUUUCCUUGAAACAGAGGUCAGCUUUGAGAAACCAGCUCCACCACCCGCGCCAGAACGAGGUGAUGAUUCAGGGGACGACUCGGAUGACGGCUUGUUCGCAAUUCCGAUUGCGGCUGCCAAACCCAAACCGACAAAGAUUACUCGCAUCUUUGAUGGCGACGAUUCGCCUGACGAAUCGACCGAUAGGCGGCCAAACUUGACUGUGAACACGUCUAGAUCUAAGGGAAAACAGCUUUCAGUGUCGUUCACCUCUCCCAAGUCGUUGGGCAGUGGCAAUAACAGAACCCCAGAAGGUGAGGAGGAGGAUGCUCUCAUGAGUGCGAGGAGCGGUAAGAGUUCACGCAGAACUCCAAACACGCCCGGUUCUGAGGGUUGGGAGUCGGAGGACAGCAAAUUGAGCAGGAGGAAGUCGUUCGUUGAGAAGGAUGUAUGGGCCAACCGUCCGACCACUGACGCCCUCAUCAACAACCUCGACGAUUUCUUCCCCAACUUGGAUCUUGAUCAACCCGUACUUGAAGAGGGCGAAGCGGAAGCCAACCCUCCGUCUCCCAUUGCUGAAGGAGAGGAGAGGGAAGCCUCUAAACGUCCUGCACCACCUCAGUCACCACCGAGUCUUCGUGCGGCUAUUUCCAACAAUCGAUCGUUCUACAACGACAACGACACACUUGGAUCGGAUGAGUCAACUCUCAAGGCGCUUGAGCGCCCUGUGUCGGUCGCGUCGGUUGCACAAAGGAGUGUUCGACGCUCGGGCGGUCUGGGCCGGAUGAAAUCCAUUCGUGAGGUUGCCCGCGGCGCUCACGAGGCUAACAAGCGGUUCACCACGACGACAACGACACAACCUGGCCAGUCUACUCAGAAUACAUCAGCACUCAUGAGGAGAAAGAGCACAAAGAUGUUCAACGCCAACAUUGUGCAAAUUCGGCCCGAUCAGCGAGGCAGUAUGGUUAUGCCGCAGAUUCCCCAGGACACCAUUCCCAAGCGUCAGACCACGUUUCGGUGGUUCAAGGGUCAACUCAUCGGCAAGGGUACAUACGGUCGUGUCUAUCUCGGUAUGAAUGCUACGACUGGAGAGUUUUUGGCUGUCAAGGAAGUCGAGGUCAAUCCCAAAGCGGCACAGGGCGACAAGGCCAAGAUGCGUGAAUUAGUGGCCGCUCUCGACCAGGAGAUCGAAACCAUGCAGCAUCUCGACCACGUCAACAUUGUGCAAUACCUUGGAUGCGAGCGUAAAGAGACCUCCAUCAGUAUCUUCCUAGAGUACAUUUCUGGUGGCAGUAUUGGGUCUUGCUUGCGCAAGCAUGGCAAGUUUGAGGAGUCUGUUGUCUCGUCGCUUACCCGGCAGAUGCUUUCUGGUCUUGCGUAUCUUCACAGAGAAGGUAUCCUGCAUCGUGACUUGAAGGCCGACAACAUCUUGUUAGACCUCGACGGGACUUGUAAGAUUUCGGAUUUCGGUAUCUCAAAGAAGACGGACAACAUUUACGGCAAUGACAAGUCGAACUCGAUGCAGGGCUCCGUUUUCUGGAUGGCACCAGAGGUCAUCCGCUCUGAGGGUAAGGGAUACAGUGCCAAGGUUGACAUCUGGAGUUUGGGUUGCGUCGUCUUGGAGAUGUUCGCUGGUCGACGACCCUGGUCCAAGGAGGAAGCUGUAGGUGCCAUCUACAAGAUUGCCAACGGCGAGACACCGCCUAUUCCUGAUGAGGUUCGGGAAACAAUCAGUCCGUUGGCCAUCGCCUUCAUGUUGGACUGUUUCACUGUAAACCCACUGGAGCGGCCUACAGCAGAUGUCCUGCUUUCUCAACACCCAUUCUGCGAAUUGGACCCCAACUACAACUUUUUCGAUACGGUAUUGUACUCCAAGAUACGAGGCAAAGACGUUUAG